CAGAAGAUAUAAUUGAAUAUUCCUAGAAUCUAUGAUGCGAGGAUAGGAAACUACGUCCUGCUUAUUCGUCAUUGAAGUUCGUCCUCAGGCAACAAUCCCCCCGAGUCUUCAGCAUGACGCUUGCUUCUGCCUCCAACCGUACCAUUUAACCCCCUUAUACCAACCACGGCAUAGCAAAUAACGGUCUAGAGCACCCGAGGAACUGGGCUAGAAUGCAACUGUUGCCUUCGAAAACCCGUGGAAGCCUGCAAAAAGCCACCAAGCCGAGCGUUGCGGGCCUGCCGGGGCCGCCGGAAUUCCCCAAUGCCACCUCAGGCCUGUCAUCUUGUCAUCCUCGCGAUCCGAACGAACCGGGCCAGUUUCUGCGGUAAGCUGGAAAUCGCCGUCUCUGUCCGACAACCAGCAAGCAGGAGAAUCCCAAAAGAAGCCGUCAGUCGAACAAGGAAGCGAUGAGAUCACCGAGAUCCACCUGAGACGUCGUGAGAGACGAUCCAGAUCGACGAGGCACCCGCGAUCGUUGCCUGGGGCCA